UAAUACCCUAAUAUAAUACUACAAAGCAAUCUUAGUUAUACCAGUCGUACACGACUCUUCUGUUUGGCCUGUAUGAUCUCUGAUUUUGAAUCAAUACAAGAAGGAGGAAGGAAGGUACGCUCACCACUAACCACAACCUAUGGCCAAGUCUCUGCACGCAGUCAUGGCUCCAUUCCCUGUACAAGGCAGUAUCAAUCCUCUAAUCCAAUUGGCCCACUUGCUCUCACAAAGGGGAUUCUUCAUCACCUUCGUUAACACAGAAUGGAGCCACCGCCGCAUGCUAGAUUCCGGCGGCCAUGCACAUCAACAGGCGGCGCAAGGGUUUCGGUUUUUGACCAUCCCGGACGGAUUACCUGCAGAGCAUGAUCGUCUUACUGAUCUUGUUGGUUAUAUGAACGCUCUGGAGAAUUUAGCCCCUGUUUUGGAGCACCAUCUUCUUGUUUCUCUUUCAGAACAGGUCUCUGUUCCUCCAAUCACAUGUAUCAUCGGUGAUAGCUUUAUGUCUUGCACGUACCAGGUGGCCCUAAAUCUCCGAGUGCCUAGAGUUCUUGUGUGGACAAUGUGCGCCGCCGUGGGUAUUUCGCAGUUUAAGGCAGAGUGGCUUCUCGCUAAGGGACACAUUCCUGUGAAAUUGGAAGAAGCGAAGAGGCCGGAGAAUCUGAUCACUUGUUUGCCGGGUAAUCUUCCACCUCUAUUGCCGACUGAUCUGUUGUCUGUCUACCGCGCUAAGAGUGCCUGUGAUGUUUUAUUACAAAAACAUCUGCAUCAGAGUAGAGUACAGAACAGAGGAGAUUACGUGAUGGUGAACACGGUGGAGGAGUUGGAAGGGAGGGAAGCAGUAGCAGCACUGUCUAUAAACGGGUGUCCUUCUGUGGCUGUGGGUCCUCUGUUUCUUCCCAACUUUUUGGAGAACAAAAAUGUCGUGCGGUCCACGAGCAUGUUUGCAGAGGACGAGAGUUGUCUUGCAUGGCUGGACACCCAGCAGCCGGCUUCUGUGAUGUAUGUUUCCUUUGGUAGCAUCGCCGUCAAAUCUAAUGAACAGCUUGAAGAGAUUGCUCUGGGUUUGGAGAGCAGCCAGCAGCCUUUUCUGUGGGUCUUGCGAAAUGAUAUUGCAGAGGGGAAGCCUGCUGUUUUGCCGCAUGGGUUUUUAGAACGGAUUGGAGAUAGAGGGCUGAUUGUGAGAUGGGUGCCGCAGGUGAAGGUGCUGUCACAUCCUGCCAUUAGAGCUUUUCUUACGCACAGUGGAUGGAACUCUGUGAUGGAGAGUUUCAGCUUAGGGAUUCCUAUGCUGGGAUGGCCUUAUUUUAUGGAUCAGUUUCUUAAUUGUAGAUUUGUGAAGGAUGUGUGGAAGAUUGGGAUGGAUUUUGAGGGUGUGGAUGUUGAUGAACAGAGGUUUGUUAGGAGAGAAGAGGUGGAGAAGGGGGUGAGGAGGAUUAUGGAAUGUGAGGAGACGAGGCAAAGGGUGUUGAAAGUGAAGGAGGCAGCAGUUAAAGCAGUUAGCACAAGUGGCUCGUCCUUCCUCGGCUUGAACAAGUUUGUUCAUGACAUUUCCCAGAUUGCCAAAUCAUUUCAGCGCUGAACCAUUUUUCUUUCAAAUCUGUCAAAGGUUGUGUAGGUCAAUAAUGAUAAAAGGUACAUAAAUACUGUAUAAACAAGGCUUAUGUAUGUAGCGGUUAGUGUUUAUUUGGUUACUUAGUGUUUGUUUUUUAACCCUUUUUUUGGUCUGUAAUGAUUAGUAUUUGUUUUCA